CUAUUUUAGUCGCUGCGUAUCUCGUGAAAUCCAGAAAAUUCGAUUCACUCGACGGCCGGCUCCUUUCUCCCUCGUCUCGAAAAGCCGCCUCUCUCUCUCUCUCUCUCUCUCUCUCUCUCUCUGACAAAGGAGGCUCAAAGCAGGAGGAGGAGGAGGAGCGGAAGCAGGAGUGGUUGGUGGGCUGCGGCACAUGUGAGCUGUGGUGGGGAAUUGGGAUGGGGGUGGGAGGAGGGGUGGCGGCGGCGGUGUCGGUGUCGGCGCUGGCGCCGGCGGUGGAGGAGGGGGCGGGGAAGGAGGGGAAGGGGAGGUGGCGCGUGAAGGUGAAGCUGAGCAGGGUGGCGGUGGUGCUGUGGGUGCUGGCGGCGGCGGCGUUGUGGGCGGGGCUGCACUGGCGCUUCCGGCGCGCGGCGCUGCGCAAGGCGGAGGAGGGGCUCGUCAGCAUGUGCGAGGAGCGCGCCCGCAUGCUGCAGGACCAGUUCGCCGUCUCUGUCAAUCACGUCCACGCCCUCGCCAUCCUCGUCGCCACCUUCCACUACGAGAAGCACCCGCCUGCGCUCGACCAGGACACGUUUGCGGACUACACCGCGCGGACGUCGUUCGAGCGGCAGCUGCUGAGCGGGGUGGCUUACGCGCAGCGGGUGGAGCACGCCGACAGGGAGAGCUUCGAGCGCCAGCAGGGGUGGAUCAUCAAGACCAUGAAGCACGAGCCGUCCCCGGUGCAGGAAGAGUACGCGCCGGUCAUCUACUCGCAGGAGACCGUCUCCUACAUCGAGGGGCUCGACAUGAUGUCCGGCGAGGAGGACCGGGAGAACAUCUUGAGGUCGAGGGCAACUGGGAAGGCGGUUCUUACGCGCCCGUUCCGGCUGAUGUCGAAUCACCUGGGUGUUGUAUUGACGUUUCCUGUCUAUCGUGUGGAUCUUCCUGCUGAUGCCAAGGUGGAGGAUCGUGUUGCAGCUACCGCAGGAUAUCUUGGGGGAGCUUUUGACGUAGAGUCAUUAGUGGAAAAUUUGUUGAGGCAGCUAGCUGGCAAUCAGGAAUUGGUGGUGAACGUUUAUGAUGUCACAGACAAUUCAAAUCCACUUGUCAUGUAUGGGUCUGAAGUUCCUCUUGGUAGCCCCUCACCAUCGCACAUUUGCAUGCUAGAGUUUGGCGAUCCAUUCAGAAAGCAUCACAUGAUUUGCAGAUAUAGAAACAAAUCUCAUGUCCCAUGGUCCGCAAUUACUACACCUUCUGGUGUCUUUGUUAUAUGGAUGCUUGUGGGCUACAUAGUGUAUGCUGCUUGGAGUCGCUAUGAUAAUGUCAAGGAAGAUUGCCGGAAAAUGGAAGAGCUGAAAAAACAGGCAGAAGCUGCCGAUAUUGCCAAAUCUCAGUUCCUUGCAACUGUUUCUCAUGAGAUCAGAACACCCAUGAAUGGUGUCCUUGGAAUGCUUGAUAUGCUAUUAGACACAGACCUAAAGUCAAUCCAAAGGGAUUAUGCGCAAACUGCUCAAGUCUGCGGAAAAGCAUUAAUAUCUCUGAUCAAUGAAGUGCUUGACAGAGCUAAAAUUGAAGCUGGCAAGUUGGAUCUCGAGUCGGUACCAUUUGACCUGAGAUCCAUCCUUGAUGAUGUCAUCUCGUUAUUUUCUUCCAAGUCAAGAGAGAAGGGGAUUGAGCUUGCUGUAUAUGUCUCUGAAAGAGUUCCUGAAAUCGUAUUGGGUGAUCCUGGAAGGUUUCGACAGAUAAUUACAAACUUAGUGGGGAACUCGAUUAAGUUCACAGAACGGGGACAUAUUUUUGUACAAGUUCAUCUGGUAGACCACUCAAAUCUUGCAACAGAAGCCAAAGUUGAACCUGUAGUGAAUGGGAUGAAUGGACAUAAAGAUGACAGUAGUGCUAUAUCCACCAAUGUGUCUCACAACACAUUAAGUGGUUUUGAAGCUGCUGAUACCAGAAAUAAUUGGGAAAACUUCAAACAUUUGUUGUCUUAUGAGACAAAUGAGAUGCCCUAUGAAAGUGAUUCUGACAAAGUGACUCUUGUAGUAAGUGUGGAAGAUACAGGGAUAGGUAUACCAUUAGAUGCCCAAGGCCGGGUGUUCACUCCUUUCAUGCAAGCUGAUAGUUCAACUUCCAGGAACUAUGGUGGAACUGGAAUUGGACUGAGCAUUAGCAAAUGUCUUGUUGAAAUAAUGGGUGGUCAGAUAAACUUUGUCAGCCGACCCCAUGUUGGGAGCACAUUCACAUUCACCGCACUUCUCCAAAGGUGUGACAGAAGUGCUAUUAUUGACAGUAAGCCUGUUACGUUUCACCCUCUGCCAUCCAGCUUUAAGGGUUUAUCUGCACUAUUGGUCGAUAAAAGACCGGUAAGAGCUACUGUAACUAAGUAUCAUUUGCAAAGGCUGGGAAUGGCCUCUGAAGUUGUCAGUACCAUUGAACUGGCACUUGGUGUGUUAUCUGGGAGAAAUGGCUGUUCUCUUACCAGCAUGAAGCAACCGUCCAUGCUAUUGAUAGAGAGUGAUUCAUGGGGCUCAAAGAUUGAUGUCUCCUUACGCACUAGACUCUUAGAGAUGAAACAGAACGAUUGCAUACCUGUAUCUCCCAAAGUUAUCCUUCUUGCAGCUGCAGAAUCAGACAAUCUGGAGGCAAAAUAUUCAGUUGACUCAGUGAUCACAAAACCUCUGAAGGCAAGCACACUUGCCACUUGUCUAUUCCAAGCACUUGGUAUCACACAGUUGAGCAAUGAGAAACGUGAGAGUUCAGGUUCUCUUCGCGGGUUGCUUCUUGGCAAGAAUAUAUUGGUGGUUGACGACAACAAGGUAAACCUUAGAGUGGCUGCUGGUACAUUAAAGAAAUAUGGGGCAAAGGUGGAUUGCGUGGAGAGUGGCAAAGAUGCUCUUGCCCUUCUACAAGUCCCACAUAAGUUUGAUCUGUGUCUGAUGGACAUUCAGAUGCCAGAAAUGGACGGGUUUGAGGCGACCCGGCAAAUACGGGCAAUGGAAGCGAAGGCGAACGAGCUGGCAGAAGCUGGCAAUGAUUCGGAAACAGACAGCACGGCUAAGACAGCGAAAUGGCACCUGCCGAUCCUAGCAAUGACCGCCGACGUUAUCCAGGCCACCUUUGAGGAAUGCACAAAGUGCGGAAUGGACGGAUAUGUCUCAAAACCCUUUGAGGAGAAGCAGCUCUUCCAGGCAGUACAGAAGUUCUCGGACUCCGGCAUGUCCAGCUAACACCAAAGCUGUGCAUUCUGGUGUACAUUGGGAGCGCUGACUGUGAACUGAGGCAGCUACUCUCUUCCAUUCUGUAAUUCCUUAACCGAGGACACAAUCUGAUCCUGAAGCAAGGCCGUGGGUUGCUGUUCCACCGGGCUGCGCACGGAUCAAGCCCUCGGGUGAACAUCAUGCGGUCAAGGCAGGACACAGCACAGAUCGGUGCUGGUAUGCCGGUGCAGGCGUCGUGUAAAUAUAUUGUAUCGGCAGGGACCCUGUUAUAGCACGUAGUAUGGCCUGUGAUGUUCUUGUUGGGGCUGCGUUCGUGCUGAUGCAUCUCGAGCAGAGUUUUGUUCUGCAGCUUCCACGAUUUUUCUGCUCCAGCCCAGUCCAUUGCAGAAGGCAGGCAUGCUCGAUUGGUGCAGUGCAGCAACACUGGAAGGCAGAGCUGAGAGCAGUUUUUGCUCUUCACAUUGCGUUGGGAUUUCUCCUGUAUGCUAAUGUGCGACACAAGUUGAUGUAAUUGUCUCGAUGCAUUUCCAUAUGGAUAUGAAUUAGGAUGGCAUUGAUAACAGACCAUCUUGGAGUUUA